AUGCCUCCCUGCGCGUCUCCAGGGGGGCUCAGCCGCCGCGACGAGCUGGAGACGGCCAAGCGACAGUCCAUGUUCCUCGUCGGACUCGUCACGGUCGCCUUUUCGCUCUGGCCGACGCGUUUUAUUCUCGUGCGCGACGCGAUUAUCGCGCUCUUCAUGGUCUGGGUCACCAGCAGGGUCUUUGACAUGGUCGCCUUUCUCGACGGCACUUGGGAGAACGUGCCGUAUUGGGUCAAGAUGCUGGUUCCCGUCGACCCCAAUAUCCAGAUCCCUGCGCCCUUUGACUGCAUCAAGAGUGCCGGUCACAAUUCCCUGGCGACUGCGCGCCUCAAACUCCACCGGCUGGCUCCGGUGGCCAAGUACGGCCUCGAGGGGCUGCUGGCCGUCCUCGUCGGCCUGCUCGACUGGUUUCUGAGCCAAGACUCCAAAAAAUCUCUGGAGCCCGAGCCGGCUUCGGGCCUGGAACAGUGGGUCAGCCUGCUGGUGGCCACGCCUCCAGAACACGAUUACGGUCGCAUCAACACGUCCAGUGCGGGCCUGCUCGAAAACGGAUCGUCCCCGCCACAGCCCAUUGCCUGGGAGAGCUGCAAGGUCGUGACCUCAUUGCCCUCCAUCGCCACUCUGUCGACCUUCCGCGUCCAUAUGUCCUUCUGCCUGAUUUCCCGCGAAGUUUGGGAAAGCAAAGAGAUCCGACUCGUGGACAAAUUUAAAGCCGGGCGAUACUGGGAAAUCGGCGGCGGUAGAGGCUCAGAAGACGGUACGGCCUGGUCAUCGCGGCGGGUGCGGUCCAUCCAAGCCAUCCAAGUACUCGGGCUGCUCUCCAGGAAAGCGAAAGCUGUCAGCACCUGUCAAGAGUACUUUGCUGUCCUCCGACAAAACUGGGACUAUCGCAAGAUCUCUUGGAACGAUGUCGACUUUGCCAUCAUCCUAGGCUUCCUCGUGACCGGGCCACAGGCCACUACCACGUGCAAGGCCCUCUUCUCUCACUUUUCUCAAAUGCGCAUUGAUCAGGCCCUCAUUCCCCGCCGCAACGACGCCUUUGGUCUCAGCAUGGCUGCGCUUGGCGCUACUAUCCUGACGGGCGGGCUUGCUACUCCCAUCACCGCGCCUAUGAUUGUCGGCGGCCUGCUCCCGGUCAUGGAUACGGGAUCGGACAAGUCUUUGUCGCCACGCGAUGCGGCAAUGUGGCAACAUCGCGAGGCUUCUUGCCAGAGGCUCCUCAGUCAGUUUCACGAGUUGAGGUCCGUGUUUGGCAUGCCAGUGGACCCUUUCGGCCAGUUUGACUUUUGA